GUUUGGCAACACUGCUCACGAGAGGUUUAAAAAAUAAUAGUUUUUCUGCUUCUUGGAGGGGAUGUAGGGAUUCAAAAAAAAAAAUUAAAAUAGAAAUAGUUAUCGUUUCCAGAAAAAAAUGUGGUUCAAUUUCAUGUUAUUUUUUCUUAUUAAUAAUGCUAUUUCCAAUGCAGAGAACGCUUGCUACAAUGACAAAAAUUGUGAAGAAUCGAAUUUCAGAUAUUUACUUUAUGAUGUUAACAGACCAGAAGGAUUCAAUUUACGAAGAGAUGUUUAUAUGAGGUUUGCCACGCUCGCGUACAAAAUGCACCAGUCCCACAACCCACAACUCAAGUUCAAACUCGUGUUGCCGCCUUGGUCUAACCUUAUCCACUGGGGCUACAACAACCAACCGGAACACAUCCCCUGGGGACUCUACUUUGAUUUGAAGAGCCUUCAGACAUUUGCGCCAGUAAUAGAAAUGCAUGAAUUCUUCAAUAACUACCAGAGAAAGUAUUCGGGAAUAGUUAUAGAUGAGAUAUACUCCUUACAACACUUUGAGGAUAUGUUUGAAACUGGGAAUUUUGAAGACAGAAUGAAGAUUGAUAAAUGUUUGAGGAAAGAAGAACCAACAUUUUUCUUCUACAAGAAUAUUACUGCGAAAAUUUCUUAUUGUUUGUCUUACCAUGGAUCAGCGACAAAACUAACAGAACUGUUUUUGAACACAACAGCUAAGAUUAUUCUCAUUGAUCAUGCCGAAGUUGCUCUACAUGAUACAUUUGGAGGCAGAACUUACUGGCAAGCAAGAAGAAGCAUGAGAUUCAGUACAGAUUUGAAAGCCAUUGCAGCAGAAUUUCGUAAAUUUCAGCUGAAUUCUGUUGAUGAAGUAGACAAUACGGUAUUGCCAAAAGACUGGACAGAAGAGAAGCCAAAGAGAGAUGCUAUAGGCGGACCCUACUUAGCAGCACACCUCAGAAGGAGAGAUUUUGUUAGGAACAGACCUAGUGAAACUCCUUUGUUAAAUGACAUUACCCAACAAAUAAUUGAUAUCCUGAAAAAACUAGAUUUGAAUACAGUGUUUGUAGCAACUGAUGGAUCAAUGGAAGAAUUCCAAGACUUAUCUAAUUCUCUUUCCGAGUACAAAGUUGUCAAAUAUUCGCCCCCAUACGAUGUCGUCAAGAAAUAUGGGGAUGGCGGAGUCGCAAUCAUCGAUCAGAUAAUUUGCUCAUAUGCCAGAUACUUCAUUGGUACCCACGAAAGCACUUUUUCCUUUCGUAUACAAGAAGAAAGAGAAAUUUUGGGAUUUCGUUCUGAAACCACUUUUAAUGCUUUUUGCAAAGGAGGCAGUGUUUGUAAUAAACCAUCAGUUUGGGAAAUUGUUUACUGAGAUUUAUUUGUGCAGCUGUAUGAUUGAUUUAUUGUAUUCUUUCAAUAAAGUCUUUGGAAAAGAAAAAAA